ACUCAGGCGGUUAACUGCGCGAAAAUACAUCCUAGCGGACGUGCAGUGGCUGCGGCUUCGACGGAUGGUGUCGUCUAUCUGUGGGAUAUGGAUAGGAAGGCAGUGAUCGAGCGUUUGGUGGGCCACACCGGUUCAGUCAUGUCUGUGGCCUUUACCUCCGACGGCUGUGGACUCGUAAGCGGGGGCUUCGAUGGGAUAAUCUGUUACUGGGAUUUGACGGAACUGAAUUCUCGUUUAUCGUCGACGAAUUCCGAAACAACGACGGGAAUCGAAGGGCGGCCUCAGGAAGCGGAAGAGGCUUUGUGCACAAUGACUUGGGACGCCCGCAGUCGAGUUCAUUCAGUUGCGGUAUCAUCCGAUGGUGAAUACAUCGCUGCAGGGACAUCGGCUCGUGUCGUUCUGGUCUGGCCGAUCAGAAGUUUCCCUAUUGAUCCAGGUUUGGAACUUGAAGGACAUGGUGGCGAUGUUGUCUCGGUCGAUUUCGUUGGCCGUCCGUCACGACCUCUCUUACUGGCGUCAAGCAGCAGGGACGGCACCACACAUAUUUG